GCGGCGACGACACAUGUCAUGACACCCACCCACGACUCGUGACAUCUCCCCCCUUCCUAUCAUUUACUCUUUCACACAUACGACGGCAUACACACAACUCUCACUACCGCGUCAACAACCAUCCCCCCUGGCACCCAUGCCGCCCGCGCGUUACCUGCUUCGGCUCCUGCGGCCGUCGACGCCGGCACGGGUCCUGGGAUUGUUCCUUGUCCUCCUCUUCCUCGUCGCACCGUGGAGGUGGUCACGCCCAAAGCUUUCCCUCGACGAGCACGCACUUGCCCAGCUCGUCGACUCGCCGCGCGAGGACAUUGUCAGGCUCUACGACGAGUCGCGGAUAUCAGAGUUUGAGCGACGCAGCUACGACCCAGAAACGGUUGCCUACGCGUUUGGAGUGCCGCCUUUCCUGCCCGACGGCAAGACCCAGUCUCUGGACCCAGGUCUUGACCAAUACACUACUCGGUUGUUGAACUUUGUCGCGAGCCACCUUACCCAGGCGGACGGCAGGAGACAGAUCGAGGACGAGCUCAACCGCGUGCUCGACACCCGCGAGCCCAAGACUGCCUCGUUCCCUCGCAACCUCUACUCGACAGACCACCUCGGCGAGGAGGGUGUGCCAGAGCUGUAUCGGCUCUGGUUUGCCCUGCUGCCCGUUGCCCUGCCUCCUGUGCUUACUCAACUGCUUCCCAACGAAGAAUGGGCGUACCCAGCCCGCAAGGGUGCGCAGUGGAAGGACUCGGUCGCCGAUGAUGGCCAGAUCGAGGUCGCAGUGCCUCAAUGGACUGGAAGCAGCAUCGCAGACGGUCCUUGGGGUAAGCUUUGGAGCAAGCUCGCCGAGGGUGAAGGUGCUUCAGACGUAUACAGGUACCUGGCCAUCCUCGUCAACGGCGGAUUGUUUGCCGACUCUGAGACAGCACCUGUCUCGCACCCCUACGUCUGGGGACUCGGUGCCAAGUCGAUCCUCCACCCUGACCUGGAGGCCAUCUCCGCCAUCCUCAAGCUCCAAGAAUCCAAGGCGAAAGAGGACCAGGGCUACCACGGACGUGUCUGGGAGCGCUCAUACGACGCCGCCGACAGCUUUGACGGUCUGCUGGACAAGGAGGCUGCCGUGGCAAAGAUCAUUGCCGACAUUGAGGGCAGGGGCUCCUCCUGGCGCAGCUGGUUGCCGGCUUACCCUGGAGAGCACCGGCGAGUGGCGCGAGCGGCGAUCCCUCAGCCUCAGGAAGUCAUUGCACCAGACGCCGCCACCUCGAUCCUAUCGCCGGACAUCAACAUUGUUGUUGCGAUCGAGUUUGACAACUCAAUUGCCUUUGACUGGACGCAUGUGCUGCAGUGGUCAAUGGCGAGGUUCUCAAAGAGCUGGGGCCGUCCGGCGUCUGGCCGUGCGCUCCAGUUUAACCCGCGCAUCCUCGCCGCGAAGCCACACCACCCUAUCCUCGUCGACACCCUGGCCACAGUGGUUGAGCUGUUAGAGGAUACUUCUAUCGAGAAGAAGAAGCCUAUCGACAUCACUGGCGCAGGCCCCUACACCGAUGCUGUCCUUCGCUACCUCCUGGUGCGCUACGGUGUAACCCCUGACCAACUGCAAGGACUGCGAGGCUCAGUUCGCGUUGGUGACGUCUUGAUUCUGCAAGAACAAGCCUACAAUGCUCCGGAGAGUGCCAUGCGUGCGCUGCUCUCCCAUGUUCAGCAGUUCUGGCCCAUGCUGCCCGGCAGUGGUGUCGCCAAGGCUGUCAAGGGCUACAGCUUGUGGUACUGGGGCACUGGCUACGAGUCGUUCUGGAGCGGUGGCACUCAGGUCGUCUACUAUGACCAGUUCCACACUGGGCGCAAGAUUGCGCCCCCGCUCGAUGUGGAUCCGAUGGUGGUAUAGAGAGAGUGUGGCAGACUCGAGAUCUUCUUCUGGGCAUACGGACACACGAUUAAUGGGCAUUAUAUUCAUUUGUAGCAUAACCAAGGCAUAGCAUUGUGAGGA